GAACCGUGUACAUGUGGCCGAUGGGUAACUCCUGCUUUCCACUUCUCUCGGAAGCACUUAGACGAAUUGAAAACACUACCGCCGGCACCUCCACUUCCUGCAACCCCAGUUACCCCUUCAAAAUCAUCGACAGAAACCGCUAUUGUCGCCCUUGAAAGUCAGACCGCUGGCACUGCUUAG